UCACCGUUUUAAAUGUUUUAAUUUAUUUUCUUAAGUCUCUGCGUGGUACCGAUGGACGGGUGUUAAUUAGUUAGAUAACGCAAUUUAGAUUAUAAAUUAUUAUUUUUAAUUUAAAUUUGGAAACAAAAAGAAACAUAUAUAAAAAAUGGCGGUGUCACUGUUAGGCAAGAUAAUAAUCACCAUUGUGGUACUGGGUGUCAUUGCUGGUAUGACAGUGACUAUAGUGCUGAUAGUGAAUGAUGAUAACAACGGAGACCCUGUAGAAGGGACCACAGAAGGCACCCAGGGUACUGAUGAGGACGGUGGAAUACCAGGCACAACACCGAGUCCCGGUGAUCACAUGCCCUAUGAAGUUGGCGUUGGUAUAGCCGAUAUGACGGGGCCUUGUGCUGAAAUAACCUUUAUGGGUUACGCAGAGCUAGGGCAGAGAGGAGAAGGCAUCCACCUUCGGCAGUACGCUCGCUCGUUCAUCUUCAAGAAGGGAGACACCAGGAUCGUGCUGGUCACCGCUGAGGUGCAAGCUGUCGGCAUUGCUGUUAGGCGAGAGGUCGUAAGGAAACUCCAAGAAGAAUACGGCGACAUCUACACUCUUAGGAAUGUCAUCAUCACAGGCACCCACACCCACAGCGCGCCUGGCGGGACUCUGGUGGACUUCAUCCUCGACAUUAGUAUCUUAGGAUUCUCCAGUGAGACCUUCAACGCUUAUGUUGACGGCAUCACCAGGGUAUGUGACGUUAUUAUCAUAACAUAAGCUGUGGAAUGUAUG